ACUGCACUGAUCGAGACCGUAAACGUGAGGGAUUUCAGGCUCCGACGACUUCACAACGGGUCCAUUCCGGUUCUCCUCCACUCGAGCGCAGUACGUGAACUCCUGCUGUCGCUCGGCGAGGAAGGGGGCAGGUCAUGAAAAAGAUCUCUCCGUGGAGCUCCCAUAGAACGACAUGUACGUCCUCUGAGCAGGUGCAGAGAACUGCAGAUACUCCUGCCACGGAGAACAGCUUCCCCUUCCGACUCGCGAUAUCGGCGCCUCACCUGCUGGUACUCUUCGCGCCUGUCGGACUGUCAGCCCCUCCUUUCAUACAUGAGAAGCAUCUGCUGUCCCUGGCUGCGUGGUUUGUCGCCGCGGCGCUGAACUCUCGCCGCUGAUUCGGUUCACUCUACGCCGCCAACUGUCACGCCGAGUUCCGAGAAAAUGCAUGCAGCCCCGGCUCUUUCGGCCGGCUCCGCGUUUCUCGGCACUCCGUUCUGUCCUGUCUCUCUGGAGGAGUUGUGCGAGACCGUUCGCGCUGAGAAAAACCUGAAGAGACACGAACAGCCUUCGCUGCCUGCGUUGCUCUCAGCAUCAGCGAAGGCGUCGCGCCAGGAAGCCUCGAAACGCGUCGCUUCUGCGCGUCGCGCGAAACGGAGUGUCUCGGCAGACACCCGACAGCUAGCUGAGGACUCGAGGAAGUCCCGGCGAACGGAAGAAACGAAGGGCACGAGAAAAAAUGGAGACCAGGAAGGACAACCUGCACCGAAGACGGCUUCUGAGCUCUCAACAGAGACAGCGGCGGACCAGAGAGAACUCCAGGAUGGUCAGAGACAACGUCGAUUGUGGCUUUUGCAAGAGGGCGCCGUUCGAGCAGAACGACUUGCAAACGAGGCUCUCGUUGCAGCUCAAGGCGCGGAGACCAAUGCCGAAAUUGGAGCAGAGAACGCGGGGUUUCGUAAUGCUGGGGAAACAGAUCUUCGUCGAGCUGUCAAGGGCGCUCUAAACAGAGACCCGCAUGCAGUCGGAUCGGCAGAAGGCUGGACCCCUCAGUCGUUUUACUCUUCUCGUCAAGACAGAAGAAUGGACAGGAAGGAACCAAUCUUGCAAAGCCCAGAAGACUUCAUGGAUGAAGAGGAUCUUCAAGUAACAUACAGCCACACAGAAGGAACGCGGCGUCGCUGGCCUUCUUCCUAUCCUUCCACUCGUUCUCCCGAGCCGGUGAGCCGCGCCCUCCCCGCAAGACAACGAACAGAAGAGAGGGAAGAAGAGAGAGAAGAAGAGAGAGAAGAGGAAGAGAGAGAGGAAAAGAUAGAAGGCCAGGACUCGAAGAAGGUUCGCUGGAGCGCGAGGAGCAGCGUCGUUUUUUCUAAAGGAAGGCGAGAAGUCUUCGACUGUGUUUGUAAGCCUAUGGGGUGGUUGAAAAGUCGCUUCGUUUCGCAGCUCAAGCUUUUGCGAGAAGCGCUGGAGCGCGAGAAAGCGGAACUCGCACAGGAGUCGGAGACGCGUCUGGGGACACGAGGAGACAGCGAGAGCGCCGACGGUCGAGGGGGGCGUGACGGCAAGGAAAAGGAAGGGCAGACGGCGCUUUUCAAGCGAACCACGAGGCCUCAGCUGCCGCAGCACUUGGAGGAACUUCGGCGUCUUCAAAAAGAGGUGGAAUGCAUGCGCGAGCAGCGGCUGGAUGCCGGGGACCAGGGCAGGCAGCGGAAGAAGGGAGAGAGGCGAGGGGUCGGAGGAACGGCUGAGGAGAGAGAAGAGGCAAGAGACGGAGCAAAGGGACAGAACGCGCGCGACGCGGGAACAGGGAGACGAAGCGGAGACCUGGAGGAUGGCGAGAAGGGAGAGAGGGGAGCCCGCGGAGAGGACGAGGCAAAAGAGAGCGCAGGUGCAGUAUACCAGGGCGCCAACGAGGGUACAAGGAAAAACAGAACCUUUGGGGGGGAUUGGAAAGAAGAUCGAGAAAUCCUGGAAAAGCUGCUUCGCGCCCUUCUCACAGAGGAGGAACGGGAGAGCGAAAGAAUCACAGAGCUACACAGAGAAGCUCAGGACAUUCUGCUUACUGCUGCGGCGGGGAAGGACGCCUCAGACGAGUGGCUCAACAUCUUCCAUGCAGCCGACGAAGCCCCCAAGCCUAGUGACGCGGCGUCUGUGAACGCGUGCAUGCAUUCAUCCUGUCUUUCGUCUCUCGACGGCGAGAGGGCAAUGCAUGUCUCUGGAGGGGGUGCGCUGAAGAACGCAGCAAGAGACGUUUUUAUAGUCGAAGACAGCGACGACGAAGAUCGGCUUAUAUUCGAGGUCAACGCGUACCGCCCCGAGAAUCGCUUUGCCGCCGUUGCUGGAGGCGAACCAGCCGGAAGCGGAGAUCGGGGACAGGCAGGGGCAGGGGGACAGGAAGCUCUCUCUGACAACUCUGCGAAUCUCGACAUCGGUCAAGUUUUUUGUCUGGAGGAGAAGGAACAAACAGAAACGAGUGGAUGGUUCCCGCCGCCCGUGCCCCCGGCGUGGUUCGACGGCGUCUAUCGGCCUCCUGUCGCCCCUGCUGCUGCUGCUGGUUCGUUUGUGCAGGCAGGCGUCGCGCGUCUUCUGCCUCGCCUGCGCGGGGAUCUCCUCGGCGCUGGCGAAGGUCGGCGCGAAGAGGCCGGCGAAGGAGACAGUUUGAGGAGACAAGGGCGACCAGGCACCUGGGGAGAGACACGUGGUUGUGGCAUUCUGGCGCGGGAGUCCUCUUCAGAACAAGCGGGUGGAGACGAAGCAGGCUCGGAUUCGAACGAACGCUCAGAACUUCAGGAAAGAGAAAUCCAUCAUCCUGAACAGGUUGUGCCCCAGAGGCAACACGCUCAGAGGCCUACGCCUUCAGCUGUCCCUUCUUUUCCUUCUGCUUCGACGUCUCGUCGUUUGCCUUUGUGGCAAGGUGUGUCUGAGGCGGACAGGAAAAAGAUUCUCUCUCAUUUGUUUGGCGGUGAAGAGAACGGGCGAGAGCAGGGAGCAGAGGCGCGGAAAACGCUUUUUCCCUGGAGCAGAGAAAAACGCAAGUUGCCGCAAUGGACGCGAGAAGGCGAGCUUUACCCACAAGCGGCCCACCUGGAGAGACACCAGAGGCAGCAACUGCAGCGACGGAAACAAGACGAGUUGGAGCAAAAGUGGCGAGCACUGCAUGCGCAAAUUCGAGACGUGCUGAAGGAAAUCGAAGAAGCGAUCAAGGCCCGGCCAGACAAACGCAUUCGAUGGGAGCUGUUUGUCGACAGAAGGGAGAAAGAGGAAGCAGAAGCGAAACCGAAUCACGUCGAAACCUCUUUUAGCACCGACGCUCCCCCAUCUCGCUCUCUUUCACCUUCUUCAUCUUCCUCCUCGUCUUCUUCGUUGUCUUCUUCUCCGUCUUUUUCUUCUCCGUUGUCUCCUUCGUCGUCUUCUUCCUCUUCUUCCCUUCCUGUGUCUGGCGAAGGGGGUGGGUGUGCAGCUGACGCUGGGAAGGAGUUGGACGAGUUUCUUUCCUGGCAUCGUCGUUUGUCUCAGCUUCGUGGGCAGCUGGCGGCGACGCGGAAAGAGGCAGCUGCAUGCGCGGCGGAGGCCUGGCGCGAAGGCACCUUCGAGGUGCGACUGAGCGAAGCGUCGCCGCAGGGCGCCCCCGGUUCGCACGCAGGAGUAGGGGAGGCGGAGGACCUUUGCCGAAGGUCAGCGGAGACGACGCCUGGCGAGCAGGGGAACGGGUGUCGGAGUGGACAUCGCAGCGCGGCGGAGCAGGGAGAAGGCGAGACGAAAGUCAAGGGGAGAGCGCCUCGCGUAGUCCCCAGAGGAAAAAAGGCAGAAGCGGAGGAAGAAGAACAGACCUUGAGUUUGGAAUCCAUGCUUCCGCUGCUCAGCUCGCGAAGGACGGCGGCGAACUGGGCUCCGAAUCCGACUCUGUGCCGUCGACUGGGAAUCCCAAAUCCGUGGGCGAGGAUGCCUUUCUUCGACGAUCGCAAGCCGACAAGUCUGCCCACAUGCCACGAAAAUCUCGUUUUCUGCGAGACCGAGAAAGACGCGGCAAACAGCGUUUCCCGUUCUGCGGCGGAGGACGAUAAGUGCGAGCGCGAGGCGGGGAAGGUCCAGGACGCUGUGGGUUCGGCUCUCCAGCCACUCUCGAUGUCCGUCGAAGCGGAACUGACCACAGUCAAAACGCCUGCAGUGGCGUCGGGCUGUCCACGGACAAAUCUGUUUAUGGCAGUGUUCAACGCGGAUCCGAGCGACAGCAGCGAGGAAGACGAAGCGUGAAAGAGAUGAUGGUGUAGCCGGAGAUGUCACGAAACACCAGCGACGAGAACUCGGCGGCAGAACGGCGAAUAGACGAGAGAGACGCUUGUAGAAGGCUCGAGAAAGAGGACGACGAAAUGGGCUGACAGGGAAAACACCCCGCAGGGAAGGCAUUCAACGAGUUCAUGACACUCAGGGACAGUGCGUGGCGGAGGACCCGAGAAACGUUCAUGCACAAGGGCAAAGGCGCGAACAGGAUUCACGGAAGAGACAUUUUGGGCAGGCGUUUCAAAAGAUCAAACGACAGCCAGACCUCGAUUGUGAUCAACAUGCCUCUACGGAAAGCCAGGGGAGUCAACCGCGCGCGAUCGAGAGAGAGGUCGAGGGGAAGAAUAACAGCCAGAUCGAUAACACUCCGCAGAGGCGCAUGCAGCAGAGAAGAAAUCCGUGCCAGAGGGAAAAGAGAGAUUGAGGGCAGUGCAAGCCGAAGUUCCAGAAGAGAAAGGAUCCGUCGGCCACCAAGUGCUGGUGCAGGGAGGUGACACAGAGCGAGCGAGAAUACUGGAGAAACAAAGAGAGAAGGGGAGCGUGGAAGGACGGGAGAAAAACACCGCAAACACUUGCGGGUAAUUUGCCGCAAGGAAAUCUCUGUUUUUUGCGCAGUUUAACUACACGCUUGCCUCUUAUGAACUUUGUGAAUUGAGCUGCAAUCGCGCUUCUCUUUUGUGGCGUUUUCUGUUGAUCCCUUCAAUGGAGCAGUCGCAGUUGUCCGUGUUUUAUUUGUUCGGCAGUUCCUCGUUCUCCCGUGUCUUGCUCCUUUUCAUUUCGCGGGGAAAGCUCAACGUAAAAGUUACACGGUAUUUCUUUGGUAGAUCGGA